AACUAAUUUGACCUCGGUCUGGUUUACCACGUGAUUUGAAAAACAGACCGACCUCUCGUUGCUAGGCUGUGCUUGUUCCUAGAAGCAAAAGUAUAUAUUUUAGAAACAAUUCUCAUGCAAUGGCUCAAACUGAACAGCAAGAAGAUGACUAUGGAUAUAACCUAUUCCCGGAAAGGAAUUCUGGAAAGUUCCAAAAGGGAUCGAUAGCAGAAAGCUUGUUCACUUUCAAUCACAAAUGUCAGGUUAUGCUACAAUUCGCAAUGGAAACAAGUCCAUAUGCAAAGCUUCUCCUUGGAGCCAUGAAAAGCUCAGGAUGUGCAGUGUACAAAGACAGACAUUUCUCCUGUGAAGACUGUGAUGGGACUGUCAGUGGUGGUUUCGAUGCAACGUCAUCACAAAUUGUUUUGUGUCAGAAUAAUAUUCACCAGCAGUCCCACAUGAACAGAGUGGUUACACAUGAGCUCAUCCAUGCCUUUGACCACUGCCGGGCGCAUGUGGAUUGGUUUAACAACUUCAAGCACUUGGCCUGCUCAGAGAUUCGAGCAGCCAAUCUCAGUGGGGAUUGCUCUUUCCACAAUGAAGUAUCCAGGUUCAACUUUGGCCUCAAGAAGCACCAUCAGGAAUGUGUUCGGGGACGUGCCUUGCGCUCCAUCCUUGCUGUUAGGAAGGUGAGCCGAGAGGAGGCAGAGAAAGUGGUGAACGAGGUAUUCGACACCUGCUUCAAUGACCACGCCCCCUUCGGCCGCAUCCCACAUGACAAGAAGGACGCCAAGUUUGCCUACAGAGAUUUUGAGAACCGAGAUCGGUAUUACGCAAACCUUUAAUGUGUUAUUACGUGCACAAAUGAAUUAUAAUUUAAUUUCCAUGGGUGCUAUUGUAAGGAUCCUUGCAGAAACCUGGGCAACCUACCACUGCCCUUAGCAGAAUUACUGUCAAAAAUUGUAUGAAAUUACCUCCUGAAGGGAAAAAUUCAGAGUUCUUUCUCUCUGUCAUUUAAAUAAAUCAAAGGAUAUAAUAAAUUCUAUGUUUUCAUGGCACGCUAUUGUGGACUCUAAUACUAUAACUAAAGAAUGUGAUGGAGUGGUUUCCUUUUGGAUAUUGAUAAAUGUGGCCCAAAUAUUUGUUGGUCGUCCUUUUUAGAGCGGUUCCAAAGUUGGUGUUUGAAGGGUAUAUGAUGCCUGUAAAAUUUAUUUCAAGACUGAAAGGUGGGGACACAUUUCCAAGGGGGACUCUCCACCUCUCUACUCUGCCAUGUGGACAUAAAAUGACAGAACUGGGAGUUCACUGUAAAUAGAUUUUAUUGUACUGUACUAAGUCAACUUGUUUAAAUAAAUAUUUGAUUAUUAUGAAUAA